UGCAGGGAUCACGCCCACUCAUUGCUUUGCAUACGUUGCAGUGUGGAGCGUCGUUCCCUGCAGCGAGGCAUGCUGGGAGAUGAUCAGCUGUGGCAGGACAGGAAGUAUUGCAGUCUGGGCAUGUGCUGAGUCCUGAACUUACACAACCAGCAAUCUCGGUGUCCUCUUGCCCUCUGUGAUCAAAUGAGUGGAAAAGAGAUAUCGGUGGCCAUUGUUGGUGGUGGGAUUUCAGGCUUGGUCUGUGCGGCUAGAUUGUCACAGUUGGGAAUCACUAACUCAGUGGUUUUUGACACUGGAAAACAUGGCCCUGGGGGAAGAUGUAGCAGCCGGUACAUCAAAAUUAAUGGAAAACUCCACAUAUUUGACCACGCUGUCCAGUUCUUCACUGUGAGUGACCAGAGAUUUGCCAAAAUCGUGUCCUUUUUGCACAACAAGAAGGCAGUGAAAUUAUGGCCUAGCAAAAUUGUUCGUCUCAAAAUGGGGAAACGGCCAGAAGAAGUCAAGAACAUGCAGGUGUUUAUUGGAACAAGGGGAAUGCAGGCAGUUCCUGAAUGUUUGUCAAGUCUUGUUCAUGUUGAGGGACACAAGUGGGUCAGCAGUGUCCACUGGGAUCCAUUUAAUAAAAAGUGGCAAGUAGAUGACAGAUGGUUUGAUUAUCUGGUGGUGGCCCAUAAUGGAAAGUGUGCUUCAAAGCUUAUGGAAAACUCAGGGGCGCCACAAAUCCACAACCUUCUCAAAGUUAAGUUUGGACCUGUUCUAUCACCGCAGACUCACGUCAUGCAGCUUUGCUCCCUCUGGGUUUUGUUGUUUGCUUUAACAAAAAAGGCUGCGUUGAGCUUUGGUGGGGCAUUUGUGGAACAUCCAGACCUAUCAUGGAUUGGAAAUAACACAUCUAAGUACUCUGAAAAUGAGAUGGAAUGUUGGACUGUCAUUAGUACGAAGGCUUUUGGGGCCAACCAUAAAGUUCCUCAAGAGUUUAUACCACCUUCCAAAGAAAAAGAGGUCACUCAUUUGCUUUUGAACGGAUUUGCAGAAGUGACUGGCGUUGAUCGAAAAAUGUUGACUCCCUGUUUUACCAAAGUGCAGCUGUGGGGUGCGGCUAACCCCCUUAAUGCGUUAGAGGGCGAGGACUGUGUCUUUCAGGCGAGUAACAAUGUGGGAAUAUGUGGAGACUGGCUAGUAAGUCCGUGCAUUGAAGGAGCAGUGGUCAGCGGCCUGUCCCUGGCUGAGGUCAUUUGCCGACACGUCCAAGGUGAAAGAAGAGACGUUGGCUUGAAAAACCAUCUCCAGCCAUCGGAAAAUGAAGCUAUUGGUGCCUUCCCUACAAGCAAAAAGUUCUUCUUUAACGCUUUGAAAUAAUGGUGCUGGUGUGCUAUUAUAAUAAAAAAAUAUUAUAUAUAAUGAAUAUUA